AUGGAUCCUCUUACAGCACAUGGCCGUCCUCUACCACCACCUUUCCACUCUAGAGAUCUUCAGCUCCACCACCACCCCCACCAAUUCCAACACCACCAACAGCCAAAGUCUGAAGAUGAACUAAGUGGAAGUAGCAGUCUAAAUCACGGCCAAAAACGAGAUCGUAACGAUACUAAUAUCACCACCACCAGCAGUCCUAAUACCAACACCACCACAAUUGAUAGCAAAGAGUUGGUCCCAGUCUCCGGAGAAGGAGAAGCCGCCGCAAGAAGAGCCCGAGGCAGACCCGCUGGUUCUAAGAACAAGCCUAAACCUCCAAUCAUAAUCACUCGUGACAGCGCAAAUGCACUCAAAUCCCAUGUCCUUGAAAUUGCUAAUGGUUGUGAUAUUCAGGAGAGCUUAUCUACUUUCGCCGCAAGAAGACAAAGAGGGGUUUGUAUUUUGAGUGGAAGUGGCACUGUCACUAAUGUAACUCUAAGACAACCAGCUUCACCUGGUGCAGUUGUGACUUUACAUGGAAGAUUUGAAAUUCUCUCUCUUUCUGGGUCAUUUUUACCACCUCCGGCACCACCGGCGGCAUCUGGGUUGACCAUAUACCUUGCUGGCGGUCAGGGUCAGGUGGUUGGCGGCGGCGUUGUUGGUCCUUUGGUGGCUUCUGGGCCAGUGGUAAUUAUGGCUGCAUCUUUUGGAAAUGCAGCAUAUGAGAGGCUUCCCCUUGAGGAUGAAUCUGAACCGGUUUCAGUCUCCGGAAGUGGUGGUCUUGGAUCGCCGCCUCCCGGAAUAGGUGGCCAGCAACACCAACCGCCACAGCAGCUUAUUCCUGAUCCAAACACAGCCCUUUUUCAUGGGAUGCCGCCUAAUCUUCUAAAUUCAUGCCAAUUACCAGCUGAAUCUGCAUAUUGGGCCACAGGUCGCCCUCCUUUUUAA